ACCGCCGUAGAGUACGGAUGUGUCGAGGUAACACAGCUAUUACGCGAUUCGUUCAGUGGCAGUGUAAUGGUCUAACGAAUAACGAGUGUUAGUGCUAAACUACUGGGACAUGAGUAGUGUAUAUACUUCUAGCAUUUUAUAGGACGUAAUCAGAUAUGAGCAAAGAUUGAUACAGUGAAAAUGCGAGUGACUUAAGUGUGUGUGCUCAACAUGGAGAUCGCUAAUCUGGUGGUGACGCUUAUAUGUGUCAUCUCUUUCACUUGUACUCAUGCUAAGAUAGGUUACUUCUGGCACAUCACAGACUUCCACUAUGAUCCACUCUACACAUCACAAGGCGAUACUAGAAGACACUGUCGGAGAGCGGACGAGCGUGGAAGUUCUGGCCAUCACAGGGCCCUCGGCAGAUACGGUGACUACUCAUGCGACAGUUCCCUGGAGUUGAUCGACUCAGCGGCGCGCUAUAUGCGUACCAGACACUCGGAGAAUGUCGAGUUUGUGUUAUGGACAGGUGACAUCAUUGCGGCCCGGUAUACUGGCAAUGAGGACGACAAGUACCAGGCGAUCAGAAACAUGACGGAUCUACUAAGCAGGACGUUCAGUUCACACUUUGUGUUCCCAGUGUUGGGACAUUUAGACCCCGCACCAUCCGCCCAAUUAACAAACCUUUGGAUGCACUGGUUACCACUGGAGGCCUUACAGACCUUUCAAAAUGGUGGCUACUAUACUAUCGAGCAAUCACAUAGCAAGCUAAGAAUAGUAGCACUGAACACGAAUCUAUUUAGUAUCCGCGAGUCUAAUAGUCUGCAAGCGAGAAACCAAUGGGAGUGGUUAGACGCUGUCUUGGAUAAAGCCACGACCAAUAAAGAAAUGGUGUACAUAGUGGGCCACGCGGCCCCUGGUGACGACGACUGCUACGCGUACGACACUUCAGUCGACGCGAACGCAAAAUACCUUCAAACUGUUCGCCGCCAUUCGAGAAUAAUCGCUGGACAAUUCUUUGGUCACCUCCACGCUGAUACAUUCCGAGUCAUAUACGAUCAUGACCGACCAGUAUCUUGGGCGUUACUAGCACCGUCGGUGAGCCCGCAUCGAGAUCCAGCUGGGUCGUCGAACCCUGGACUUAGACUUUACAAAUUCGACACUAACAAUGGAAAGGUGCUGGACUACACUCAAUACUAUUUAGACCUAUCGGCCGCUAACCGAAACACGGGCGCAGCGGAAUGGACAGCGGAAUACAACCUCACCCAGUACUACGGCUUACAUGACGUUUCCGCCAACUCACUACACAACUUGGCCGACAAACUUCGGAUAGGCACGCCGCAAGAGACCGCAGUAUUCAACAAGUACAUACGAGCCUACAACGUGAGACAUGAAAAUUCGGACUCGUGUGACGGCGCCUGCGCUCACCAACACUUCUGCGCAAUCACGUGUCUCGAGCAUGUUGCAUACAGACAAUGUGUCGAAGCUGCAGCGAGCGCGCUCGCCGCCGCCGGCAAAUCCGUUCCGCUUGUCGCACCGCUUAUCACCGUACUUACUAUACUAGCGUUCAUAAUAGUUCUCUUAUAAAUAUAUUUUUAUAGUGUACUGUGCCGAAAUUAAAUAUUUAUAAACUUUAGGAAAGGACUCAAUCGUUUAGUUACUAAGAUCGAGUUUUGUAUGGCUAUUACGAAUAUUUAAAAAUGUCUAGAAUUUUUAGAUAAAACUAAGGUAUAAUCAUUAAUGCUUCAAAUUAUUUAAUAAAGAGGUGAAGCGUGCAACUACACAUUAAUGUUGGGGAACGCUAAAAGGCAUUUGUGAUAUAGUUCGCUACCAAAAUGUGGUAGAAUUAAGAAAAAAAAAACUUCUGGUUUGUAUAAUAAAUAUGGAAUUGUAUAGUUUAAAUCGAUAAAUUUGUAUAUAGAACCUUCGUAAAAUCUCUUAACUAUGUAAUAGAUGAAGGAGAAAGUAAAAAAUAUAUUAGAACUAAUUAAAUUAGAUACAUAAAAAUUGUUUGUAAUUUCCGUCAGGUUUAGAAUAUAUUUAAUUGUGAUCAUAAUAGGUACAGUCGAGUUCAUAAUAUUUAUUAAUGUAAAGUAUAUUAAACAUAAUAAAAUAAAUAUAUUUUAUAAAAAUACACUGCGUUGGAUACAACGGUAACUUACGACUGAAAAUUGAGGAGAUUUUUAUUUAGAUUGUAUUUUCAACUGACUUCCACGGGAAAAGGCUUUUUCAAUUCGAUUAUUAUAUUAUUUUUGUGUGUUUGUUACCUCAUAACUCUGUCAGUUGUAAACCUAUCUCGAAAAUUAUUUUCUUUAUUUAAAAGGGUAUACUUACAGAUUGGACCCAUAGAAAUUUUAUCAAAAUGGGUUCAGCACUUUAGUUUGCAAUCUAAAGUAACAGGUUUUGCCACAACUGAAGUUGGCUUUUUUUUCUUUUAUUGAACACAAUAUUAUUUGUAUAUAUGUACAUAUAUUUUUUUAAAAGAGUAUUUUGUUAGUGUAAUUAAAUAUUUUUGUCAAAGUAAGUCGAAAAAUGAUAACAUUUUGCGACUACGGAGUCGUUGGACGUGUGGAUUAUUGAAGCGUCGUGAUGGGAUGUUUUAAAUUUUUUGUUACAUUUUUUACUUGUUAUCUUAGAAAAUAUGUUUGUCAUUAGUAGAACACUCUUUUAAAAGAAUAUUAAUAUCAUCCUAUAUAUUUUAAUAAUAAUAUUUUUUUUUAACAUAAUAGUUUACAGUUGACACGUAUUUGUGCUAAUUUUGUUAAAAUUGAUUUUCUUUAAUGGUAAUUAAAAAAUAAAGGCAUCCACAGUGAGUUUUCUUAGAAUACAUAUUUGUAUUCUUAAAUUUUGUAUUAAAAAAAAGGUAUAACGUUUAACUAAUCAUGCUAAUACUAAACCACACUUUUAUUGAAGAAAAUGUGAUUUUAACAUAAGUUAGUGGUACGCAUGUAAAAUUUAAAUUUAUCAUAAUAAAAUUACGUAUUGCAUUCGAAAUUAGAAAGUUUUACUGUGUAAAUAAUUGUAUGUAAAUGAGGAACAAUUAGACUGUAAGUUCUCAUAUCUUAAUCGCUUGUUGUAUUUUAUUUUACACGCACAUAAUCGAAUGAACAUAUUAGUUUACUUGUAAUGAAAAAAAAAAAAAUAGUCGAGAACAAUGAAUAUCACUAAUUACGUGCUAGCGACAUUUAGAUGGAUGAAUUUACAUGUUUUUGCACGCGACUGUACUAUAGGCAACCCUAUUUGAAUUCAUAUAAAAAGUUGAGUGUCCCCAUAUUAUAUUAUGGCCUACGCAGACGAGGGACAAAUUGUACACACACAAUAUUUUCCAUUAGAAAAACGCUUCGUCUUCCCACAUUUAAAACGAAAAACAAUCAUCAACUGUUUUUUUAGUUCAGAAUGAUACAAAUAUUUGUUGUGCAGGUAAUGUACACGGCUUGCAAAGAGGAAAUUGUUUUUUGUUGACGAAAUGUCCGUCGUACGCGCAGGCCUUUAAUCUGGAUGUUUCAAUUAAUUUUUAAUAAAGAACUGUAUUCAAA